AAAAAAUUAGCUGGAGUUUCUUCAAGCCACCGGUCGACUUUACUCUACUCUCUCUCUCUCUCUAUCUCCUCCGUCUCAGAAUUCUUCUCCGAUCAAUCUUCACUCUCCGAACCCUAACUCUUCCGAUGUCGAUCUUCGAGUACAAUGGAAGCGCCGUGGUGGCUAUGGUGGGGAAGAACUGCUUCGCCAUCGCCAGUGAUCGGAGGCUCGGUGUGCAGCUACAGACAAUCGCCACCGAUUUCCAGAGGAUCUCAAAGAUCCACGAUCGCGUCUUCAUCGGCCUCUCUGGCCUCGCCACCGGUCAAACGCUGUAUCAGCGCCUUGUGUUUCGUCAUAAGCUGUACCAGCCGGAAGAGAGAGACAUGAAGCCUGAGACUUUCGCUAGCCUCGUCUCCGCCAUUCUUUACGAGAAGAGAUUUGGUCCUUACUUAUGCCAACCAGUGAUUGCUGGAUUGGGAGAAGAUGACAAGCCUUUUAUCUGCACCAUGGACUCCAUUGGAGCCAAGGAGUUGGCUAAAGAUUUCGUUGUAUCUGGAACUGCUUCAGAAUCACUGUAUGGAGCCUGUGAAGCAAUGUACAAGCCAGACAUGGAAGCCGAGGAACUGUUCGAGACAAUUUCACAAGCACUUCUGUCGUCAGUUGACCGUGAUUGUCUGAGUGGUUGGGGAGGGCAUGUCUACGUUGUAACACCAACGGAGAUUAAAGAGAGGAUCCUAAAGGGAAGGAUGGAUUAAUCCUGAUUUAUCAUCACAAUCUGCUUCUAUCCAAGUGUUUGAUUAUAGAAACGGCUUAAUCGCUUCUCAUCUUAGCUAGUUAUUGUUGUUUCUCUUUUCACAUCAUCAUCUAUUUGUUUUUUUUUUUUUUGACGGCAAACGGCUCAUCAUCUAUUAGUUAAAACAUAAAGAGAUUUGGCUUUGAUUUUUUAAAAA